AGGGAGCCAACUUCUGUCGCCUGUGUAUAUGAAACCAACUUGUCCAAAAUACAGAAAACCCACCCACCAAAAACCGCUCGCUAAAAGACCCAGAGAUGAUUUAUUAACUGGAGUCCCGGCAACUUUGCGUUUAUACCCCAAAAGUUUAUUGUACACAUUGCUUUGUCGCACAAAAUCAACGUCAUUGGUCACGUUCACUCAGCUGUUUCGAGCUCAUCCCAGAGGCCGGAAUAAGAGUCAUUUUGAAAAUAAUAUUGCUGUAAUUACCAAGUUCAUGCUCUGGACGUGACUUUCCACUAAGCAAGGGCCCUGUGCCAGAGACAGCAUGCGGCCCCUCAGAGACGCCCAGCUGGGGGCCUUCACUUUCUUCGCCUCAGCUCUCCCCCACGACGUCUGCGGGAGCAAUGGCCUGCCCCUCACCCCCAACUCCAUCAAAAUCCUGGGGCGCUUCCAGAUCCUCAAGACCAUCACUCAUCCCAGGCUUUGCCAGUAUGUGGACAUCUCCAGAGGGAAACAUGAGCGGCUGGUUGUUGUGGCUGAACACUAUGAGAGCAGUUUGAGUGAUUUCCAGAAACAGGGAAAAACAGUCAGCCCAGAGAAGGUGUUGCAGAUAGCCUAUGAAGUCCUGGAAGGCCUGGACUUCAUGAACAAACAUGGUAUGGUGCACAGAGCCCUCAGCGCACACAACGUCCUCAUGGACUGUAAGGGGAACAUCAAGUUAGCAAAGUUCGGUCUAUAUCACAUGACUGAUCAUGGAGCCGAUGUGGAUUUUCCCAUUGGGUACCCAUCAUACCUUGCUCCAGAGGUGAUUGCCCAGGGCUCUUUCCACCCCAGCGACCCGUCCCACGAUGAAGCUCCUCUGCCCUCAGGGCCCAAGACAGAUGUCUGGUCGCUUGGGGUUUUGCUCUUUGAAAUGUGUGCUGGCAGGCGAUUGCUGCAGAAUAUUGAUAUAAGUGAGAGGCUAAAAUUCAUCCUAACCUUGGGUUGCAUGGAUGACAUUGUCACUGUCCUUGCUGAGGAGCAUGGAUCCCUGGAUGCCAUCAAGGAGCUGCCAGAGAAUGUUUUAGAGUUAUUACGGAAAUGCUUGACAUUUCAUCCGUCCAAAAGGCCGACCCCUGCAGAGCUGCUGGGCGACCCACUGUUUAAUGGGGUCUCCUGCCUCUACACUCCCUUCCAGAAGGUGGUUAGCCUCUUCUCCUCCUCCCUGCGCUGUGCACAUCUAGAGCUCCCAGAGGACAUCAGUGACCUUUGCAAAGAUGAUGAUGAAGACUACCUGUCAGAGCGGGCCAUAGAUGAGGUGUACCAUCUGUGGUGUCUGGCAGGCGGAGACCUGGAGAAAGAGCUGACAAACAAGGAGAUCAUCCAGUCCAAACCUCCAGUCUGCACACUGCCAAAUUUUCUUCUGGAGGAUGGGGAGUCAUUUGGCCAGGGCAGGGAUCGCAGUUUCCUGCUAGACGACACCACAGUGACACUGUCUCUCUGCCAGCUCAGAAAUAGACUGAAGGAUGUGGCAGGAGAAGCCUAUUACCCUCUGCUGGAGGACGAACAGUCAAGUCUGCCCCAGUCCAACAGCAGCAAUGAACUGUCGGCCACCGUCACCCUACCACUCAUCAUCCGUGAGAGGGACACAGAGUACCAGCUCAUCCGCAUCAUCCUCUUUGACAGGCUUCUCAAGGCCUAUCCUUACAAGAAGAACCUUGUGUGGAAAGAGGCCAGAGUGGACAUUCCCCCUCUCAUUCGAGGACUGGCCUGGGCUGCACUGCUCGGCAUUGAGGGAGACAUUCAGGCCAAAUAUGACAGCAUUGACAAGGACACUCCGAUCCCAACUGACCGACAGAUUGAGGUGGAUAUCCCACGCUGCCAUCAGUACGACGAGCUGCUGUCGUCUCCCCAGGGCCACAUCAAGUUCAGACGUGUGUUGAAAGCCUGGGUGGUGUCCCACCCUGACUUGGUCUACUGGCAGGGAUUGGAUUCACUUUGUGCCCCAUUCCUGUACUUGAAUUUCAACAAUGAAGCCUUGGCAUACGCCUGUAUGUCGGCCUUCAUCCCCAAAUACCUGUACAACUUCUUCCUGAAGGACAACUCUCAUGUCAUCCAAGAGUACUUGACUGUCUUCUCCCAAAUGAUUGCUUUCCAUGACCCAGAGUUAAGCAACCAUUUAAAUGAGAUUGGCUUCAUCCCAGACCUUUAUGCUAUUCCCUGGUUCCUGACUAUGUUUACACAUGUGUUCCCAUUGCACAAGAUCUUUCACCUGUGGGACACACUCCUGCUGGGCAACUCCUCGUUCCCAUUCUGUAUCGGCGUGGCCAUACUGCAGCAGCUCAGGGAUCGCCUCCUGGCUAAUGGCUUCAAUGAGUGCAUCCUGCUUUUCUCUGACCUGCCAGAGAUUGACAUUGAGAAGUGUGUCCGUGAAUCUAUCAACCUCUUCUGCUGGACGCCAAAGAGUGCUACGUACCGCCAACACGCCCAGCCACCAAAGGCCGCUGGUGACAAUGGCUAUGGGAAAACUGCAACGUACUACUCCUCUGACUACCAGGACAUGCCCAAGACAGACUUGUCUCGAGAGCCACUGGCGCUGAGUGACCUCAAAGCAGAAGUGUCACCGAGGGUCUCUGCUGAGGAUUUAAUCGACCUCUGUGAGCUGUCACCGGGUGGGUCCACCAAGAGGACCAAAGCCAGCAAGCCCAAAAUCGUCGCUGUUGACAUCCGCAGUGUGGAGGACUUCAGCAGAGGCCACAUCUCUGGCAGCAUCAACAUCCCCUACAGCACAGCGUUCGGCCCCGACGGUGAGGUGCUGCAGUGUCCUGCAGCGGGAGCGCUCCAAAACUUCAGAGGGCGCGUCAUUGUGGUCAUCAGCCAUGCCAUGAAGAGUGCUGCAAUGUUUGCAGCCCAUCUGGUCAAAGUGAACUUUCCACGGGUUUGUAUCCUGGAUGGAGGAAUCAACAAGAUGAAGCCCACUGGACUCCUGACCGUGCCGUCGCCCCAGAUCUGACCACAACCCUCAUUCCACAGUCAAAUUCACCCUCACAUGAACAAAAGGCAGCAGAGGAAACAAACCGUGUUUUGUACUGAUACUGAAAAGGAAAGAUGAAAGAAAAAUGUCAUCAUUGUGUGUAGACGUGUGUAGCAACUAACUUCAAAGAACUGUGCUUCAGAUCACCGCCUUGCAAUGAUCAAACAAUGAAAAUCUGUAUCAAGUAAUAUUCAUUUUUUUUAACCCAUUUUUUUUUAAGUUCACUGGAUAAAUCGGACAACUUAUCAAAGGUGUGACAAGUAAUAAAAGACUAGAUUAAAUAAAACAUUUACACUA